UCGAUAUACUGAGCCACGCAACUCUGUUUUGUACAUUUCGUUUGCAACUGAGUCGUAAAUACCGAAAGGUCGGCAUCAAAGUCAUCAAACGCUACUGUUUCCGCAUGCAGGAGGAGAGCAUUUAUCGCGCCAUUAUAUAUAACGUCGUCGGCCAGGCAGGCGCUCAUUGAGAGUACCCCACCAAGUACGUUCUGGAACAGUUCCUAAAUGACGAGUUGAUGUUCAAUAUCACCGAGAAUGAGAAUGUGCCGGAGCACGUGGUGAUGACACCGGACGAGAAGCAGGAGCUGCUCAGUCGCUACAAGCUAAGGGAUUCCAUGCUGAUGCGCAUCCAGGUCAACGAUCCGGUGUCACGCUACUUCGGCCUGAACCCCGGCCAAGUGGUGAAGAUUAUCCGCUCCUCUAAGACGGCCGGUCGCUACAUCUCAUACCGCAUCGUCGUCUAAGUGCUCGCCACCAUUCUAUACACAAGUUAGUUGCUCAAACAAAUAAUAAUUUAUCGAAGAAGAAUCGAAAAUCAUUCCAGACACUCUUCUCUUCGAUAAAGCGAAAACUUUUCCACAAAUACAAACUUUUGAGGUUAUGUUAUUUUAGCAGCUCGACUAGCCUAGAAUCGAUGCCGAUUAAACCGAUAGGUGUCAAGUCGAAGUACAAAAAAUCUGUGUUCUGUGUUAU